ACAUCCAUUGUAAAGAAAGAAAGAAUAGAGAAAAACAAAACAUGAAAUUUCCCAAAAGCUUAUAAUCAUUCAUCAUUUCCAUUAUUAUUUGUUCAAACACUCUUCUCUCCACGCCAUGUGGUUUCCAUUCCCAAUUUAGCCAUAUAUCAAACAACCCAACAUCUUCUUCCAUCAUCAACCAAAUCAUCAUUCUCUCUUUCCCUUCUCUCUCUACAGAUAGGGUUUUCAAUUUUCAAUCUCAAUUUCAAUUCACCCCCUUUCCAUAGGGUUUCUAGAGAGAGAAAAAGUCGUUAGGUGAAUGUAGGGUGUUUUUUGUUUUUGGGUUAUUAGUAACCGAGCUAUGUUGGAAAUGGAGAAGGAUUUUGAUUCCAAGGUCAAGAUUCAACGGACUUCUUCCUCUUCCAAUGGCGCUGGGAUUGUUCAGAGAUCCAAAAGCUUUGUUUUUAGGGCUCCUCAGGAGAAUUACACCAUUCAGGACUUUGAAUUGGGCAAGAUCUAUGGUGUUGGCUCCUAUUCUAAGGUUGUGAGGGCAAAGAAGAAAGACACAGGAGUUGUGUAUGCAUUGAAGAUCAUGGACAAAAAGUUUAUCACCAAAGAGAACAAAACUGCAUAUGUGAAGUUGGAACGCAUAGUGCUAGAUCAAUUGGAACAUCCUGGCAUUGUGCGGCUAUAUUUCACAUUUCAAGACUCAUUUUCUCUGUACAUGGCACUUGAAUCCUGUGAAGGUGGAGAACUUUUUGAUCAAAUUACCAGGAAAGGCCGUCUAACUGAGGAGGAGGCACGGUUCUAUGCAGCUGAAGUUGUUGAUGCUCUUGAAUACAUACAUGGUUUGGGAGUGAUACAUCGUGACAUUAAGCCAGAGAACUUAUUACUCACAGCUGAAGGACAUAUUAAAAUAGCUGAUUUUGGGAGUGUGAAGCCAAUGCAAGAUAGCCAAAUUACAGUCCUUCCAAAUGCAGCAUCAGAUGACAAAGCCUGCACAUUUGUCGGAACAGCUGCUUAUGUCCCUCCAGAGGUUCUUAAUUCUUCUCCCGCAACUUUCGGAAAUGAUCUCUGGGCACUUGGCUGCACAUUAUACCAAAUGCUUUCUGGAACUUCUCCUUUUAAAGAUGCAAGUGAAUGGCUUAUUUUCCAAAGAAUUAUAGCAAGAGAAAUUCGAUUUCCAGAUUACUUUUCCGACGAAGCCAGAGACCUUAUUGAUCGGCUAUUGGAUUUAGACCCGAGCAGGAGACCAGGUGCAGGACCUGAUGGUUACGCAAUUUUGAAGAUACAUCCCUUUUUCAAGAAGGUUGUCUGGGAUAACUUAAGGACACAAACUCCUCCAAAACUUGCUCUAGAACCCGGGACUCAAUCGCCUGUUGCCGAUGAUGUUCAGGAGUCAUCAUGGAGUCCUUCUCACAUCGGCGACGGUUCUGCAGCUUCUGCUAGACAGCCUGAUGGCACUGCAUCGUCUUCAGAAGGAACCGGUUCUAUAACCAGGCUAGCUUCAAUUGAUUCCUUUGAUUCAAAAUGGCAACAAUUUUUGGAUCCCGGGGAAUCUGUUCUUAUGAUCUCCAUGGUGAAGAAAUUACAAAAAAUAACAAGCAAGAAGGUUCAGCUCAUCCUUACCAACAAGCCGAAGUUGAUCUAUGUGGACCCUUCAAAAUUAAUUGUAAAGGGAAAUAUAAUAUGGUCUGAUAAUCCAAACGAUUUAAGCAUUCAAGUGACUAGUCCUUCACAUUUCAAGAUUUGCACACCUAAAAAGGUUAUGUCGUUUGAGGAUGCUAAGCAAAGAGCAUCUAUAUGGAAAAAGGCAAUUGAAGGACUUCAAAACCGGUGAAGUCAUUCUGGUUUUGACAACAUUUUCUUUUAGAUUCACAUUCAUCUUCUUCAGCGAAAAGGGAUGAAAUAGUUGGACUCCCAAUUAAUCAAUUUUUCAUUUAAAGAAAGUGAAUUUGUAGAUUUAGCUUUGCUGAAGCUUGUUCAAGCUAAAUCCUCACCACAACUUAAUUUAAUUUGUGAUGAGUUUUUCCAUCCUUUUUCAUGCUUCAAUGGGAUUUAUGAUUAAAUGUGGAAGUUCUAAUUGUAGCUAUGUUGGGGGUUGGAAUCAAUACUUUGUAAGAAAAAAAUAUCAAUUAUCAUUUUUUUACAUGAUUAAAUGUUGUGAAUUAUUGAAUUACUCAA